AUGGCUACUAUUGAACAAGUGCUAGACCCCAACAACACCACGCAAGCCCAGGUGCCCGGCACGGCACCAACUUCAGGCGUCUCGCAGACAGCAGCAGGCGGCUCGUCGGACUUGCUCAGCUACCAGUUCCCGGACUCAACGAACUUGGUGAUCGAGCGCUACCACAAGUACAUCAAGUUAAUCCACUCGAUUGAGAACUUUGCCGAGGGCUAUCGCCAGAUUGCGGCGUCGACUGUGAAGCAGUACGAGUCGCUGAACAAGUCGGUGACGACUGGUAUGCCCAACUUUGAGGUGAGCGGAGACGAGGAGGGCGCCACCAAGGUCAGCGGCUCAGCAAAGCUGGGCAACUCUGCGCAGCCCGAGGGUGUCGACGGGGCAUCGAUCACCAGUGCCGACGCCGGGUCCCCAGCGGACUUGAACACCUUCUUGGCUGUGAUGCGGAAGAAGUUGGGCGACGGCUACACGCGUUCGAUGGAUUUCCAGACCAAGGUGCAGACCCAGAUCCUGCCAGACUUGAAGCACUUGGAGGCCGAGAUCGACAAAAAGCAGAAGGAGUACGCCUCGUUCUCCCACGCAGAGGAGAAGGACCUGAGCCAGUUGAGAAGCGGCUCGGCCAAGCUUACGCAGACGCUUGACUCGGCUGUCCAGGAGUUUGAGCGUGGCGUCCACGCAAAGAACCGUUCAGACUAUAAGAAGGACCCAUACCUUGUGAAGAAAAACUUGUUGCGGGACGCAGCACUGCAAGUCAAGGCAGAAAACAACAGAAUCGAGUUUCUUGCCAGCAGUGAAACCGCUCUCCGUGCUGCCGAGGCUAGAAUCCUCCUCGAAUUGAGAAGAUUGUUUGAUUUGUUAACCCAGUUCAUUGAUUACAGCUACGGGGGAACCGUUCAGUCGUUUGACACCUUACGUGACGUCUUGAACAGAGUCCCUGAGGAUUUGGAAUGGUCUAACUUUGUCUCCAGAAACAGGCAAUACUUGAUCACAGCCAACGCCGUUGAUGACACAGUCUCCAAUCCAAUGAGCAACCUUUCCCUCUCUUCGGCCCCAGCCUCGGCAAGAAGCAACUAUGCCCAAGCCGCCGUCUCGGACAAUUCCUUCAAGAGAAACUUGGAAGAUGUUACGUUCCGUAAUAACGCGCAUCCAAGUACCCGCCCAGUUUUAGAGGGCGUUCUUGCUCGUAAAGAAACUACCCUGGGUCUGGCUGGUAAAUACAAUUCUUACUACUUUGUUAUCUCUCCGGCCGGAUACUUUUAUGGCUUCCCUUCGAGAAGUAUCGACUCAUUUCAACCAAACUUAGUGUUGUACAUCCCUGACUGUGAGACCAAAAUUAGAAACUCCUCUAGCGGUCAAUUUUCCUUUAGUCUGAGAGGCAAAGACCUAUCGAAUGUGGUACCAAUGCCGAAGAAGAAGUACGUCUUCAAGGCAAGCUCAGCCGAAGAUUUCGAUACAUGGUGGAAGGUGAUUUCCAAUUACAGCGGGGAAGUUCAAUCACCUAGUGCUCUUUCGAGUGACGGAUCUGACCUGGAGUAG